AUGUCAGCUGUCAAUGACACCAAAUUCCAAUUUACAGUGUUCCUUCUCACCGGGAUACCUGGAAAGGAAGACGUCCAUCUCUGGAUCUCUAUUCCCUUCUGCUUAAUGUAUGUUAUAUCCAUAGUAGGAAAUUCAGUCAUUCUGUUCAUUAUAAAAACAGAUCCAAGCCUCCAUGAGCCCAUGUACAUUUUCCUUUUCAUGUUGGCCAUCACAGACCUUGGCUUAUCGAUAGUCACCAUACCGACGAUACUGGGCAUAUUCUUGUUCAACUCUAGGGAGAUCAGCCUCGAUGCCUGUUUUGCCCAGCUGUUCUUCAUCCACUUGCUUCAAGGUAUGGAAUCCUCCUUCCUCUUGUUGAUGGCCUUUGACCGCUUCAUUGCAAUUUGUAAGCCACUGAGAUAUGCUUCCAUCUUAACUCCACCGAGGUUAGUCAAAAUGGGACUGCUGUGUGUGCUAAGAGGGGUGGCCGUAGUAUUCCCACUCCCUUUUCUGCUGAAACGGUUCCAAUACUGUCGAGCCAAUGUCCUCUCCCAUUCCUACUGCGUGCACCAGGAGGUCAUGAAGCUGGCUUGUGCGGAUAUCACAGUCAACAAUAUCUAUGGCUUGUCUACUGCACUCUUAACCAUGGGGUUGGACUCGCUGCUCAUCUUCCUCUCUUAUGUGAUUAUCCUCAAAACAGUGCUGAAUGUUGCAUCCCAUGAGGAGUGUCUCAGGGCCCUGAACACCUGUGUUUCCCACCUCUGUGCUGUCCUGCUCUUCUACAUACCAGAGAUUGGCUUGUCUGUGAUACACAGAUUUGGGAAUAGCUCUUCUCACGUGCUUCAGUUUGUCCUGGGCUACUUCUAUCUGCUGGUCCCACCCCUAAUGAACCCCAUCGUGUACAGCGUGAAAAGCAAACACCUUCGUGCGAGGAUAAUCAGGGUAUUCACAAGAGACCUCUUGCAUAAAGCACAUUCCAGCCACAUCACACUCACAAGCAUACCUCCCCAAGCCCAUGGAGUGUAA